AUGAAGAUCUUUUAUUAUAUAUAUAUAUAUAUAUCAAGUACGAGAAGAAAGGGUUUUCAGAUUAUCAUCAACACAAGAAGGGAAUAUAGGCUCAAGGAUCUUCGUCUUGAUGAUUUGACAGGCAAGAUUUGCAUCAGCAGGAGGCAAGAUAUGUGUGCCAUGUUGUUCGGACAUAAGUGUUCCUCCUUCGACUUGAAUGAGGAUUGUUGUAAUGAUGAAAUAUUAAGUAUUGAAGAAGGUGAUGAGAUUGAGAACAGAAAUGAAGGGAGCACUUCAAGCAACGAUAACAACGAGGGGAAUGAUAGAAGAAGAGUGAGGAAAUACGUUAAGUCGAAAUUGCCUAGGCUUCGGUGGACUCAUGAUCUGCAUCUCUCUUUCGUGCGAGCCGUCGAAAGGCUUGGUGGUCAAGAGAGAGCGACUCCAAAGUUGGUUCUUCAAUUGAUGAAUGUGAGGGGACUUAGCAUUGCACAUGUAAAAAGUCAUUUACAGAUGUAUAGAUGUAAGAAGCUUGAUGAGGCUGGACAAAGUGAAGUUCAGCAAUUAUCACAAGCAAAUGACUUGUGUUGCCAUCCGAACCAAAACCAUGGAAAAUUUGGACCGAUUAGAGCAUUUGGAGGCAGAUUUAUUGAACACGAAAGAUGCUACUCCACAAGGCCAUAUGAAGACAACCUUGGAAACAAGCAUGAUUCCAUGAGCAAAUUCAGCAGCUGUAGAACAGAGUUGAACCGAAAUAAACUGGUCAAGGACAGAGAAUGGUUGCCUGAUUUGCAGUUAAGUCUAAGCCGGAGAAUCAAAUUGUUCGAUGACGGAAAGAGUAUCCAUUAUAAAGACACGCAGGAAAUAAAUACGCAGCUUUCGCUUUCUUAGCAUGUUGCAGACAAGGCCGAACGAGUUCGAGUACUUAACUAAGGAUCUUACAUAGUAAAGCCAAACCCACAGGAAGAAUUGGAAGUGAGAUCUUUCUAAGUACUUGUCCUAGAGCCCAUAGGAAAUAGGAAGGUGUGUGAAUUGUGAUUCACAACUUGUUAAUAUUUUCGCCCAUAUCAUUCAUGCAAUAAAACUAGUGAUUUUAGCUCGAAGAUCGGUAGUCAAGUUCAUUCCUGUGUCACUGUUCGCAUGUGAGUGCCGAUGGUAGCGCAUUUUGGUGUGACCAUGGUGGCAGCUGUAUGCUCGAGAGCUUGGGAUGU